CGCGUCAAACCCCCCCCCCCCACCUCCAUCCUGUUUGUUGCCGCCCCGGCGGUUGGGACGGACAGGACCCCUUCAACGCGGAGUGGCCUCUCCGACUGAGCCAACAGCCCGCCCCGACAGCCCUGCAGCCUCACUUGUGCGACGCGACGUCCAGUCCGGCGGGCACGCUGACGACUGACCGCAACCGCCCCCGAGUGGCUGCGGCGAAGCUUUCCCAGCACGGACGGGGACCUGGGUCCGCUGCCGACUCAGCUCCAAACUGCCCGCGACGUCUCUCGAGUCGUCUGCCUCGCCCGCCCGUCCGUCCGUCUGUCCGUCCGCUCGCUCGCCCGCCGCCCGCCCGGCUGUCUGUCUGUCUGUCUGUCUGUCUGUCCGUCUGUCCGUCUGUCCGUCUAUCCAUCCCAUGUUGAUGCCGCGUCUCAAUAUGAAGGCCCCGUGCGUGUGAGAAAAAGACUACGCCAGACACGGACUCGAAGGCCUUUUGCCAAAAACCGAGCUGCCUAUUCUGUCGCGACGCUCGCUGGCGCUGCCCAGCGGCCGCCGAGUCGGCGCAGACCAUCUUCGAACCACCACGAGCAAAGCCGACGACAGCCUUCGACGCUCUGAGCGUGCCCCCUCCUUCCUUCGGCCUUGGGUGGCCCGGAGCCCUCCAACAUGCGGCCUCCGUUAAACGCCAAAGCUCGGCGCGCUUCGAGUUCUGGCCGGGAUGGCGGCGCCGGAACGGUCCCGCGCCCGGGCCUCGCUGCAGUGUCCCCGGAGACUGGCUCGAGCGUACCCUCGCAGGCGUCGCUCGACGACGGCAUCCUGAACCCGCUCAAGCGGAGGAUCAUAGACGCCGGCGUGGACUACCCCCGCCGCAGGGCCACUAUCGCUUGCGAGGUGUGUCGCUCGAGAAAGUCUCGCUGUGAUGGUACCAAGCCCAAGUGCAAGCUCUGUACGGAACUGGGUGCAGAAUGCGUCUACCGCGAGCCCGGCGUCAAGCUCGACGCCGGCGAUAAGCUGAUCCUCGAGCAGCUCAACCGCAUCGAGAGCCUACUGCAAAUGAGCAUGACUACCUCCCAAGACAAUGGCAUCGGCGCCAACCAGGGCUCCCCCCCAGUGUCCAACGGCACAGGCCUCAGUGCCGACAACAGCCUCCUCGCGAACCCAACCAAUGCGAUUUCUGUCAUUCCCAACGGUGGAUUCGGAACUUGGACCAGUGGACCGACGGGUACCAACAUAUCCACCAUGCCAAAAUGUCACACCAACGCCACCAUGCAUCUCCUGCAGUGGCCAUUGAUUCGCGACCUGGUAUCCCGGCCGUACGAUCCGCAGAUUCUGCUCCAGCUCGAAAUGGCCCGGGAACCACUUCAUUCUCUGACCAAGACGCCGUGUGUAGACCUAUCCAACACACAAGCAUACAUCGAGGCGUACUUCGAACGGGUCAAUGUCUGGUACGCCUGCGUCAACCCGUAUUCAUGGAAAAGCCAGUAUCGCACCGCACUUUCAAACGGCUUUCGGGAAGGCCCCGAGAGCUGCAUUGUGCUGCUGGUGCUGGCACUUGGCCAGGCCAGCUUGCGGGGCAGCAUAUCGCGUAUCGUGCCUCACGAGGACCCUCCCGGCCUGCAGUACUUUACUGCCGCCUGGUCCCUUCUGCCAGGCAUGAUGACGACGAACAAUGUCCUCGCGGCGCAAUGCCACCUGCUGGCCGCCGCGUACCUCUUUUAUCUCGUUCGGCCUCUCGAGGCAUGGAACCUACUAUGCACCACGAGCACCAAGCUACAGCUGUUGCUCAUGGCGCCGAAUCGCAUACCUCUUCAGCAGCGAGAACUCGUGGAACGCAUAUACUGGAACGCGCUCCUCUUUGAAAGCGAUCUCCUGGCCGAGUUAGAUCUUCCCCACUCUGGAGUCGUCCAGUUCGAGGAAAAUGUCGGGCUCCCCGGCGGCUUCGAAGCUGACGAGCAGACGCGGGUCGGUAGAGACGAGCUGUGGUACUUUUUGGCAGAGAUCGCGCUGAGGCGGCUGUUGAACAGGGUCAGCCAGCUAAUAUACUCCAAGGACUCGAUGUCAUCAACGACGAGUUUGGAGCCUGUCGUUGCCGAACUUGAUUACCAGCUCAACCAGUGGUAUGAAAGCUUGCCAGGCCCCCUGCAGUUCCCAUUCGCCAGAACUGUGCUGGCCGAUCCUGUGCAAACUGUUUUGCGCCUGCGCUUCUUCGCGUGUCGAACCAUCAUAUAUCGCCCAUAUAUUCUAGCCGUCUUGGAAAACGAGCAGGCCGUUUUGGAUGCGGGCGUUCGUGACUAUUGCCACAAGUGCUUGGAGGCGUGCAUCCGGCAGUUGGAGCAUAUUGUCGAGCACCAUGCUGGACACAUGCCAUAUAUCUGGCAAGGAGCCUUGUCGAUGGUGUCCCAAACGCUACUCAUCAUGGGGGCCACGAUGUCGCCGUCCCUCCUGAGCAUAUUGCUCACGCUAGUCUCGCACCGGGACGCGCUCGACGAGCUCAUCAAUGGGGUCAUUGCCGAGGUCGAGCUCUACGCGGCGCUGGCGCCGAGCCUGGGCCUGGCAGCCGAGAUCAUCAAGGAGGCAGAGGUUAGAAGACGGGCGUAUUUGAACGCGUGAGAUGGGCCACCUUCUACGACCCCUUUGAGGGACGACUAUAUACGAGGCUUUUUCAGAGGGACGGACACAUGUGCUGUAUGUAUGUGUGGGGUUUGUUCUACAUUUUUGUGUUGUGAUACCCGUGGCCGCAGAGCCAAAAGAGUCGCGGGAGACUCGGUACCUCGGCAGUUUUGGCGCGCGUGUCGAUUUGGCACAGUUAGCAGGCGUCGACCAUGUAAAUAAAUGAUGAGCAAUGAAUAAAGGUGACACAAGAAGACUUGAGUCCCCCUCUGCGUCUCAGCACGGAACCAAAAGUUUGCUUCCAUCACCCUGCGAAGAAGGCGUACUGCCAGCGCAUUUGCGAUAUGGUCGCAUCUUGUUCAGGAUCUAACGUAGUUGCUAAAUUGAGUUCUGUGUACUAAGUAAGGU